GGAGACGAAGAAAGUGGAGGGUGGCGAGAGGGAGGAGACAAGCCUGAGAGGAAAGGGAAAAAAAUCUCAGCUGAAUUCUUCUCCAGUUUACCUCUCUCUGCUCAGCCGCGCCAGCCUCUGACAGCAGCGCGCAGAGGAGGAGAAACAGAGACGCGAGAGAGGGAGCCGGAGACACACAGCUCUGUCCUCCUCAACUCGCCCACACACCGUCAGAAAAUAAAGGGAUGUUUUGUGUAUUGGGUGGGGGGGAGAGAUUUCGGUAAAAGCCCGGGAGAUGCACUGAUGCCCUGAUGUGGGGAGAAGAGAAACCGAUUAAAUAGAAAAACCAAAAAGAAGACAUAAGGCAAACGGGAGGACAGGAGGAUCCGAGGAUGCUGUAGUAUUCUGCCUCUUCUCACGAUGUGCUCCUGAAAGGAGGACAUCCCAUCUCCAUCCUCCAUGACUUCAAGAUGUAAAACAUCUGGCCAGAGAACAAACGACAGUUAAACUGACCAGCAGGAGGAGAAGGCAACACGACCUACCAGUGAAGAAUUAGGCACACACCCCAUGUGUGGUCAGCGGAUUACUGUAAGAAUACAUUUGCAGGAUUUACACAACAUCCCAAAGAAGUUAUUCUUUCAAUGAACAACAGCCUGUUGAUUGUGGCUUAGUCUCUGGCUUUGAUGUGUAACACACCUGUGCUCAGAAUAAGAAAAUUAGAAAACAAAAGCUGGAACAAAAGCACUGCAUUACAAUGGUCUGUUUUCCAAAAGAGUUUUUAAGAUGAAAAAGGUUUUGUUCACCAUGAGAGCAGUAAGCAAUCUGCUGCAACCAAAUCAGCUUUUGUCUUCUUUGGAGAAAGUGACCUGCUGAAUCCAGCUAACAGAUAAGUUCUAAGAAACUCUAUCCUAAUGGGAAACAUUUAUGUCUGCUCUUCUUUAAAAGAACUAAACGAAAACAAAAACGCUCUGCAUCAAUUCUCCCAUUAAACUGAACCUUAGAGAAAAAAUAACACCCAGUUUCUUUUCCGCAUUGGGAAUUUGUGAAUUUAAAAUUUCAAGCACACAAAAAAGCCUGACUUAUUUUUUUGGUCCUGCUGUAAUUUGUCGGAUUUUUCAUUAAAAAUGAAAUACAAUACUCUGGUACUUCUGCAAGCCCAGCUCAUCCUGAGUAUAGCCAGUGCUCUGGUUAUUCAUUCUGUGCCCUGGAAGGUACCCUGCCCGAAACAGUGUGUCUGCCAGAUCAAGCCCUGGUAUUCACCCCGCUCUGUGUACAGGGAAGCCCCCACAGUGGACUGCAAUGACCUCUUGCUUUCGCAGCUCCCUGCUUCCCUGCCAGUGGAGACCCAGACCCUUCGUCUGCAGAGCAACCUCAUCAGUACUCUUGACCAGAGUGAACUACAAGGCCUGGCAAACCUGACCGAGCUGGACCUCUCACAGAACAGCUUCAGCAGUACCCGGCACCUACGGAUAUCAGACAUGCCAAGGCUCCUGAGCCUACAUUUAGAGGAGAAUCAGCUCAGACACCUCCCUGACUCCGCGUUUUCUGGUUUCCCUGGCUUGCAGGAGCUGUACCUGAACCAUAACCGAUUAAGGAACAUCUCUCCAGGGGCUUUUAAUGGCUUGGACAACCUCCUGCGCCUUCACCUCAACUCAAACCGACUUGGAGUAAUUGACCGUCGAUGGUUCCAUGCUUUACCACAACUAGAAGUCUUGAUGAUUGGAGGGAACCCAGUAGAAACCAUCCAAGAUCUCAACUUUAAGCCAUUAGUCUCUUUACGUAGUCUGGUCUUAGCUGGGAUGGGCUUACGUGAACUGUCAGAGAGGGCCCUGGAAGGACUAUCCAGCCUAGAGAGCAUCUCCUUCUAUGACAACCACUUGACCAAAGUACCAAAGGAAGCCCUUCAAAAGGUGCCAGGUUUAAAGUUCCUGGACCUCAAUAAGAACCCAAUCGAACUCGUCCAACCAGGGGACUUCAGAGACAUGCUUCACCUGAAGGAGUUAGGACUGAACAACAUGGACCAACUAGUUUCCAUAGAGCGCUCUGCCCUGGAGAACCUGCCAGAGUUGACCAAGCUUGAAAUUACUAACAACCCUCGUCUCUCUUACAUCCAUCCUCAGGCAUUCCAGCACCUCUCCAGCAUGGAGAGCCUGAUGCUCAACAGCAACGCCUUAAGUGCGUUGCAUCGAGAGACGGUUCGUUCCCUACCGGGCCUUCAGGAGAUCAGCUUGCACACCAAUCCCAUCCGCUGUGACUGUCUCAUUCGCUGGGUGGGGGCUGAAGAUGACAAACCUGUUCGGUUUAUCGAACCCCAAUCCACGUUCUGCUCCGAGCCGCCAGAGCUCAAGGCCAGGAGGGUAAAAGAAGUCUCUUUUAGAGAGAUGGCAGACAGCUGUCUGCCUCUGAUUGCCCCAGGGACAUUCCCAUCUCAUGUACGCAUCAGACAUGGCGAAAAUCUGGCACUACACUGCCGGGCAUUAGCAGAACCAGAACCGAGCAUUUAUUGGGUCACACCAACAGGCCAGAAGCUCUCUCCUUCCACAAGUUCUGGGCGAUACCAGGUCCUUCCUGAGGGUACUUUGGAGAUUUUUGGGAUCACCCUGGAAGAAGCGGGGUUUUACACUUGUGUGGCAGAGAAUCUGGUUGGUGCAGACACUCGCAGUGUGACAGUAAGGGUUGACGGGGUGGGGAAUGCUGUUAUGAUAAGCACCAGGAGGACCAAUGAUAGCCUGGAGCUGAAGGAAGUGAAGGAGCGCUAUGCCCUCUUGUCUUGGGCGGCCAGCCAAAACGUGCCCUCCGCCCGGCUUUCCUGGUUAGCCAAUGGAAGCCUGGAAGAUCUGCACCAGCACAGCAAGCGUAUCCUAGCAGGAACCAGAGGAUUCAACUUGACCCGCCUGCAACCAGGUACCCAGUACAAGGUGUGUCUGCACCUGGGCUCCAAUGAUACCACCUGCAUUCAGUUCAGGACUAAAGAGAUCACGACCCUUGCAUCGUCGCCUGACCUCACCCCAGCAGCUAUCCUGGCAGCCUCUGCUUUGCUUCUCCUGCUUGCAGCUAAAGCCUGUCAAGGUGGCGGCUCAUCCAGUUGGCGAGAGCGGGACCAAGGGACUGAGAAACCAGAAGUCUCUCCUUCGCUCCCAAACAGGGAGCACCUCGUGGUCCCAGAGCCACAGCUGCAGUCCUCAGCCAAGGACAGCACUGACAACAUCCACACCAGUAAGGGAGACACUCAGAAUGCUGCGAGAUCUGAGGCAGAAUUGUGCUGAGUUGGGAAUACCACUGAAAUAAAAAACUACAUGAAUUGAAAAAACAUGCCAUCAACACCAGAAAUCACUGGGAGGAACCACCCUUUUUCGAGCAUUUCCAACCAGCUCAAGACAGACAUCCUAAAAAAACUCAACACCGGGUGGAUGUUCAUCACUAAACGUAUUACAAAGAGACUUCAUUUGUAUUUAUUUUAUAUAUAAAUAUAUUUAACAGAGUACAAACAUUCUAUAGAUGCAGUGGUACCCAACAGUAUUUUAGAUUAAAUUUACCAACCUAAAUUCAUAUUUCACACUACCUGGCUUAAUUUUGCCAUUCUGAAAAUGAGAAAGUAAUAUUGUUUGGAAAAUUAUUAGCCCUGCAGGACCACAGUGUUGCAAUACAGCCAAUGCAGUUGCAAGCAGCAGAAAACUAAGCCAAAAUAAUGCAGUUGCCUACAGUAUAUACAGUAUACAGUGGUCAUAAGCAAGAAGGGACUGAACUGCACAUGAAUUUGCACACUGAAAAUCUGCUAAACUUAUUCCUGCGAAAUACGAACCAGGCCAUUCUACACAUUAUCAAAAAGACUUCAAAACACAUUCUAAUUAACAAGGAUCAAGAAAUCAGUUGGGUUCCACUGUAAAUAUACGAAAUACCCUUUUUAUUUUUAAUAGAUAUACUGUAUAGUACAGUAAGAGGAGACAGGCCUGGGAUUCUGUUAGCUAAAGAACAAAUGGAACGGAACCCAACCUAACGACUGAACGACUUGGAGGAUAUCACAAUCAGGAGUUUUCCCAUCUUAAUUGCUGAACUGCUCUACAGAUCUUAAUUGUUCAAUCUCGAAAUGGUCCCUUGCCUCACAGUGCUUUCAUUCUGUACUCCUUCAUUCUGAGUUGGAUGCGACCAUGUCAUUUCUGAGCGGCAGAGAGAUGGGACACACCAAGGACUGUGGUCUAGGAGAAGCAGUCUACAAGGCAGAGCACAGCUACAUCCUGGGUUUAUUUCUGCACCACACACCUGCUUAAAACGCGUGUGUGUGUGUGUGUGUGUGUGUGUGUGGGGGGGGGGGGGGUGCUGAACUUUGCCUUUUAAAAAAUGUCACUCCCUGAAAGAAAAUGGACUUCUCAGAAAAACGAACAGACAAAAAGAACUACAAUCAAGAACUGACAGGCGGGACUUCGUGCUUCAUGAGGCUUGCUUUCUUUCAGGCACAUUAUUGUCUCAGAGAGAGUGGCAGAAAUGUCACACUGAGAUAAGCGCGGGAAGACUUCGCGGAGCGCGGGGCUGCAGCAGGAGCCCUGCCCCCGCAGCGGAGCAGAUGGCCGCCUUGUGACCAUUUUUUGUUCAGCACCCCAAUCUCUGCUCUGGCCCCUGCCUCCUGCUGCCUAGCAAGCACUUAGAACAUCAUUUCAAAUGUUCAGCUGCUGAGACUGCAGCAGCCUGGGCUCUGGGAGCCGCAGAUUAAAGCGCUGGAGAAAAUAUUACAAGCACUUCCACUUACCACACAUCAAACACGGCUGCACUCACCGGAGGACAGGGAUGGCACGGACGACCAUGCCAUUGACUCGAGUGCACAAAGGGAUGGGGAAAAAAAACUGCUUUUCCUGAAAUUCUAGCUCUUGUAUUCUGUUAUUCACCAUGUCUUCUUGAAGUCCAUGCUUUCUGGUGUACUUCUUGCGACCUGUGACCGUUCUGAGAUUAAGAGAUGUCUGAAGUCAAGCCGAGCGAAAGGAGAGGUGGAGAUGUUGAGGUUGGUGGGGGCGGUGGGGAGCAAUCAAUCUGUGAACCUGCCAGCAUCAGUCAGUCAAACAAAAGGCUGUGCUCCAUUAGAAUGGCAUACGGGAUUUAUUGGCCAAUCAAGACAGACAGGCAAGGAUGCAUCACCCAAUCAGAAUUGCUCAUCAGGAUCUGCCAGAGUAGCUAUAACCUGGUAAGGGAUUCCUGUUUUCUAAGGUGCUUCAGGUGAUGAAGUGUCCCUCCUUUCCUCCGAGUUUUGUAAAUGAAGUGGUCUAUUGUGUCUUCUAGUUUCAAAAACAUCUCUCCCCCACCCCACCAGGUUUUUUACCCACACCUGUACAUAUGCCAUUCUGGAUUUCCUACUUGAGUGUACUUCUCUUCUUUCAAUGAUUUAGAUGAUGAUUGUGUGUUAAAUUCUAUUUUGAGCUAUUAUUAAAACAUUUUGGACUGAAA